GUUCAAUGUUACGACUACCUAAUGCCUAAACUUGUAACGCCUUUUCCGCUUUGACUACGAUAUUCUACAAUCAGCUUUGCGACCUGUCGCGAACUUGACAAUCCCAACAUGAUCGAAUAGAUUUCAAGAUGUCGCUUGGUACAUCGAACGGCUUCGUCGCCACCAACGGCGUUCGCGAUCUUACUGACGAUGGUGGCCUGCCCAUUUUCGAUGUCGAGCCCGUACAGCUCCAGUUCUCCAUUGCCGCCGACUUCGUUGCAGCUCAGGUUGCCAACAAUGUCCUCGUGCUAGCCUUGUCUAAUGGGCGCAUAUUGCGUAUAGACCUUAAUCGACCCGAAGAUAUUGACGAUAUCGACCUUCCUAAGCGGGUUUCCGAAGUUGGCAUCAUCCGGCGCAUGUUCCUCGACCCCACCGCCUCUCAUCUGCUCAUAUGUACUUCCCUCGGCGAGAACUAUUACCUACAUACCCAAUCACGCCAGCCGCGGCCUCUAAGUAGGUUACGCGGCGUCUCCGUCGAGUCUGUAGCUUGGAAUCCGUCUCUGCCCACUGCCACGACUCGCGAGAUCCUAAUAGGCGCCUCCGACGGAAACAUAUACGAGACGUUCAUCGAAACAUCAACAGAGUUCUACAGGAAGGAGGAGAAAUACUUGAAGGCGCUAAACAAACUUCCGGAUGGCCCAGUCACGGGGAUAUGGGUUGAUAAUAUGGGCGGGAAGACUGAUGUGAGAAGGGUAGUUAUCAGCACACAGGGCCGGCUAUUCCACCUCUCGGGGAAGGUUGGUCGAAGCGCUCAUGAAGGGAGCGGGUCGAUCUAUACGAGAUUAUUCGAUUCCGAACAGCCGGUUAUCCACGAAAUUUCACGGAGCUCGGCUACUGCUCCCUCUAUGCUAGCUAUAUCACCAGAUCCACCAAAUGCUGAUGCUUACGAGGACGUAAUCCCGGAGCGAGCCUUCGCCUGGCUUUCUUCCCACGGGGUCUACCAUGGAAAGCUCUUAACAGCAGUUGUGAACGACCUUGGAAAUAAAGUGUACGCCGAGUCCAAGCUUCUAUCGAGGUCCCAAGUAGUCUCGACUGAGGUUUCAGGCCGAAAGAAGACACCGUCCGAGUUUAUUGAUGCGAUCGCUUUAACGCAGUGGCACAUUAUCAGUUUAGUGGGUGGUCGUGUUGUGGCGAUAAAUCGACUCACGGGGUCAGUUAUAUACGACCAAGUAAUUUUAGAGCAAGGACAGAAAGCUUUAGGACUCUACGUUGACCAGCAGAAAAAUACAUUCUGGCUGUUCACCGCCCAAGAAAUAUUUGAGAUCGUUGUCCGAGAUGAGGAUCGAGAUAUAUGGCGAAUCAUGCUACAGAGACAACAGUUUGACAUGGCUAUGCAAUACGCUCAUACCACAGCACAGAAAGAUGCGGUUUCAACAGCAUCUGGCGACUACCUUGUCCAAAAAGGGUUGUUUGUCGAAGCCGCUGGUGUAUAUGGCAAAAGUAGCAAGCCAUUCGAAGACGUUGCGCUUUCGUUCAUCGAUCACGGCCAAAAUGAUGCCUUACGAAAAUAUCUUAUCACGAAACUCACGACAUAUAAGAAGUCCUCCAUUAUGCAGAGGAUGCUGAUAGCGGCAUGGCUAGUCGAGAUCUUUAUGGCGAAGCUUAAUUCUCUUGAGGACUCCAUUACCGUGGAAGCAGAGUCGACCGAAAAUGAGAAUAAGAAACAAUCACGGCAGCAGCUCGAUGCUGUUCGAAAUGAAUUUCACGACUUUGUCAAUAAGCACAAAUCCGAUCUUGAUCGCAAGACAACUUACGAUGUUAUUAGCAGUCACGCUCGGGAAGACGAGCUCCUAUUCUUCGCCAACGCUAUAAACGACUACAACUACGUUCUAUCAUAUUGGGUGCAGAGAGAACGAUGGACGGAUACACUGAAUGUGCUCAAGAAGCAGACAGCCCCGGAAGUUUUCUAUCGGUACAGCAGCGUACUGAUGACGCACGUCGGACAUGAAUUAGUCGAGAUCUUGAUGCGACAUCCUAAACUCGAACCCCGUAAAAUCAUACCAGCUCUUCUUGAUUAUAAUAGGACCUUUAAUGGGACUCUCCUACAGAACCAAGCCGUCCGAUACCUACAAUUCGUCAUUAAUCAACUUCACUCCACGGACGCGGCUGUUCACAACACCCUCGUCUCUAUCUACGCAUCUCACAGCUCGAAAGACGAGUCGGGACUUCUAGCGUACCUAGAAUCACAAGGUGAAGAACCUAAUUUUGAUCCCGAUUUUGCGCUUCGCCUAUGUAUCCAGCAUAAGCGAACCCUUUCAUGUGUGCAUAUCUACACGAACAUGGGACAAUACGUCCAAGCCGUCGACCUCGCCCUCUCGCACAACGAAGUCGAAUACGCGUCCAUCAUCGCAGACAGGCCGAUGUCGAACCCGGCGCUCCGGAAGAAGCUGUGGCUGGCGGUGGCGCGCAAGGUGAUCUCGCAGUCGAACGGGAUCAAGACGGCGAUCGAGUUCCUGAAGCGGUGCGACCUGCUCAAGAUCGAGGACCUGAUCCCGUUCUUCCCGGACUUCGUGGUGAUCGACGACUUCAAGGACGAGAUCUGCUCGGCGCUGGAGGACUACUCGCGCAACAUCGACGGCCUCAAAAAGGAGAUGGACGAGAGCUCGCAGACGGCGGCGAACAUCAAGGUGGACAUCGCCGGGCUCGACCACCGGUACGCGAUCGUGGAGCCGGGGGAGAGGUGCUACGCGUGCGCGCUGCCGCUGCUGAGCAGGCAGUUCUUCGUGUUUCCGUGCCAGCACGCCUUCCACUCCGACUGCCUCGGCCGCAAGGUGCUGGAGCAGGCCGGCGUGGCCAAGAGCAGGCGCAUCAAGGAGUGCCAGGUCCAGAUCAGCAAGGGCCUGGUCAGCGGCGCGAGGAAGGACGCCAUGGUCGCGGAAUUGGAUGCGCUGGUCGCUUCUGCUUGUAUCCUGUGCAGCGACUACGCUAUCAAGCGGAUCGACGAGCCGUUUAUUACGGCGGAGGACGAUAAGGGUGAGUGGGCUUUGUGAUGCGAGAUGUGGGAUAUGGAAUUAAAGAUGUAGAGAUGUAGAGAUGACGCCACGUUCUGGGGUUGGUUGGUGUUGUUAGAAUGGAUGGAUGUCUUGGGAGGACUCACGGGUGCUCCUGCUGUUCGAGCGGGCGAUUGCCGAUGAAAUAAUCAGGCUUGGGAUUAGAGGGCCUUGACUUGGUUCGAAGUACGCUUCGGGAUGAAUGACAGGCUUCAGAUACCCGUCGACAGUCAGGGUUGGAGUCGUCGUUGAUAAGGCAGUUGACUUUACUCGCGAUUUGCCGCCGUUAAGGGGGGCAUUGUAUAUGAGAUAGGACUUAGGUAUUAGGUAGUUAUGACGUUGUCUUGGAAGGAGAAAGAGUAUGCUAGAGAAAUUGAUACCCAUUUUUACCGGAUCUUGCCUUUGAUGUUGGCGUUGAUGCUCGGGGGAGCUGAAGUUUGAGGUGUGGAUGUUGGUUUACUCGAUUAAACUCCUCUUGGUGGUAAUAUAAGAGUAGUAAUACAAUCAAAUCGAUAGACUACCUAUGCCGACAUUAUGUUGCGAUUAAAAUGUUUCGAUAUAAUUUCUUGGACUUCUU